CACCGAAGACGUCCUGUUUUCGGCACAACACCGGAUGUUGCGACACAGGAAAAGACCGACAGACGUCAUCUUGCUUUCGUCGUAAACAUGGCGUCUGUGACAACAGCCACUUCAGAGUGGAUUCAGUUUUUUAAGGAUGCCGGUAUCCCUGCUGGACUUGCUGUUAAUUAUGCAGUUUCCUUUGUGGACAAUAGAAUUCAGAAGAACAUGCUUAUGGACCUUAGCAAGGACAUCAUGAUAGACCUGGGGAUAACAGUAAUUGGUGACGUCAUUGCCAUUCUUAAACAUGCCAAGCAGGUGUACAGGCAGGAUAUGUGCAAAAUGGCAACAGAGGCCAUCUCCGCAGGACAGACAAGUGUUCAGGCUGAACUCAGAAGAACUGCCAACACACCUGCUGCUCGUAUGAUCGCCAACGCUUUGAGCCACGACUCUCCUCCAGCCACUCCAACCCGCAGAUCUGACAGCCGGCUCUCCGUCACCGUGUCCAACUCUCAGGCUAACAAGAAUAAAGCAGUUUUGAGCCAACCGGCCGAUGAAGGCAGCAGUUUGCCAGCAGCGAAGCGCCGUCGUGUCACAGCCGAGAUGGAAGGCAAGUACAUCGUCAACAUGCCUAAAGGCACCACGCCUCGUACACGCCGAAUCCUGGCCCAGCAGGCCAAGAAAGGUUUGAAGCGUACCUCAGUGUUUGAACGACUCGGAGCCGAAUCGAUGGCAGACACGACGACCAAUAAUAACAAACCCACUGGUGUGUUCAGUCGCCUUGAUGGAGGGGAUGAAAACGGCGUGCUGAAGUCCGGAAGUACAGCAGCAUACAUGGAUGAAGAUGAUGAGGACAGCAAUGAAGAAGGCUCUGUACUUCAGUACGCUGGAGUCCUGAAGACCAUUCCAUCCAAGAAAAAAGCAUCUAAAAGAGCAGCGCCCACCGCCCUGCGACGACUAGGAGGAAAAUUCAAACAACCUCCCUCUGACAUCCCCACCUCUUCCUCUGCCUCCUCCCUGAAGAGCCACCCCGCUGCCAAAAUCAGUGUUCUCCAGAGACUGGGCAAGCCCCUUUCUACUAACGAAUCUGUGUCUGCAACACCUGCAGACACUCAGGACAACAGAGUGACGAGCACCAGGUCCAGAGCACCAGGCAAAUCCUCGAUAGCGAGCUGCAAAGUCAGCAGCAGCACUGGGGCUGGGGGGGCAGCAGCAGGAGUUGGGGAGCCAGGAGGCGCCAAGAUGGACGUCAAGGCUGUCAGUGUUUUUAAGAGACUUGGCAGCAAGAAACCUUAACACACACACACUCUGGAAAUGAUUCACUCCUUGUGUUCAUCCUUUUUCCUGUUGGUGUCAUCACUGCUUUUGGUUUCAUGCAGGACUGCAGGUAAAACUAGUAACUAGAGAUUAGCUUUGUUAUUGUUUUAUGCCGGGGUAGAUGCGAUAGGUCCCUCCAUCUUUUUAUUAAACAGUUUAAGCCUUGCUGCCAUAACUUUAGUUUAGUGUCUUUAAAUGAUCUGCAUUUGUUGCUCAAGCUGUCGUCUUUUAAAGACAUUUUUAUUUAUCAUGUUUUACAGGUUUGUUAUGAGCUUAAGGAAAGAGCAUGAUGUCAGCCAAAUGGUCACGAUGGUGCUUACAAAUAUUUCCAUUAACACCACAGGUGCUGCUGUUGUGUGCACUUCCUGUUGUUGAUUCUUCUUGAUGGACAGUUUUGUGACCUUUGCUUGAAUUUUAAAUAUUUCUUUAAAAAAAAUGUGCAAAUCAAAAGCAAAACAUAGGAGUUGGGCAGAGUCCAAGAAAUGAAAUGGUUGUAGAUCGUUAUUUUCGACCUAAACGUCCCUCCUGGGUGAUGUCCGUAAAAUAGGAAGUGGUGUCUUGUGAGCAAAAGAAAUGCAGAUGAACCUCUAGAAUAAAAACCCAACCCUC